GUACACAAGUAACGUAACAAAUUGACAAUGGUUGUUAUCCGUUUUAUUGUAAUAAGGACACUGAAGUGAUAAUUAUAAAAUCGUAGAAUGGUUGGACCUCUCUACUUUAUAGGUUGGUUGAAACUUCUAGCCAUGUUGGUGGAAUGCUUCAGACUCACACACAACAGUGGCAGACGAAUCAUUCCACCACGUUCUCAGGUUCUGACAGUCACUACCAGCCACUAGGGAAUAAUAUGGGUCGCACUCAUCCCUUCCUUCAAGCGACCUCUUCCUCUGGCUUGCCCUCUUCAGUGAAGAAAACAAUAAAUCUGAAACCAGUUCAAAGAAGAACCUGAACAGCCGAGGGAAAAUGGGUGCUCCUCGAAACUGGUUCAGUUCAGUAAGGAAAAGGUUUAUAAAAACAUCUCAUACAAAUAUCAACAUCCUCUACAGCCCGAGUCUCAGCGACCAAUCGAUCAUCACAGAGGCAGCUAGAGGAAAAAGUGCUAAUCUUGAAUGCAAGGAUUCAGCUCCAUCUUCAUCAAGACCAAUACCACCUCCAAGGAAACAGAUAACCAGAGAAGAUAGUGCAGCAACCAAAAUACAAGCUGUUUUUAGGGGUCAUCUUGCAAGAAGGGCAUACCGAGCAUUGAAAAGCCUGGUUAAGAUGCAAGCUUUGGUUCGUGGGGCAUACGUGAGGAAACAAGCACGGAUAGCCUUGCAUUGCAUGCACGCUCUAGUCCGGUUGCAGGUGAGGGUUCGAGCACAACAACUCCUGAUUAAGUCUAGAGAUGACUGACUAUUCAUCGCACCUCUGACCGUGUUUCACCACAAAUAAUCAAGUAUCUGCUUUCUAGCUAGUACAGUAGUACCUCACUUUGCUACCUAACACUAACAUUGUAAUUGGAGAGAGAGAUAUUCUUGCUUGCCAAUUGAAGGCUUAUCCAGUAUGUAACUUUCAAAGU